AUGUACGCCUCCCCGCUCACCAUCAUGGGUAAAGUGAUCAGGACCAAGAGUGUGGAGUACAUGCCAUUCUUCCUGUCGCUGGUGAACUUCCUCAAUGGCUUGUGCUGGACGGGCUAUGCGCUCAUCAAGUUUGACAUCUACAUCACGAUCCCCAAUGCCCUCGGUACAAUCUUCGGCCUCAUCCAGCUGAUCCUGUACUUUUACUACUACAAGUCGACCCCCAAGAAGGGCAAGAACGUUGAACUUCCCACUGUCCUCACCAAAAACACCGUUACCAGCGGCAACGUCUCCGUCACCGUUGAGAAAUAA